UUUUCGGUUGAGCAUCAAGAUCAUUGCGAAACUCCCGGGGAGGCCUACGACGAUAUAGUUCCGGUGUUGCUCGCCAUCGCAUCGAACAUCGGCAAGAGGGCGGACGAGCUGAUGAUAUACGAUCCAUAUUAUUGCAAUGGACUAGUGGCACAGAAUCUACGAGACAGAGGCUUCCAGCAUGUUUAUAACAAGAAUGAAGAUUUUUAUGAGGCGGUGAAACAAGGCACAACGCCGCCAUUCGACGUUCUGGUUACAAACCCUCCAUACAGUAACGACCACAUUGAGCGCCUUUUCAGUUUCUGCUCGAGCUGUGAGAAGCCAUGGAUGGUGCUUGUCCCAAACUACGUCUACACCAAAGACUACUAUGAGAAGAUGCUGAAGAGUGGAGUUCGACCUUUCUACGUGAUCCCGCCCAACCGAUAUGAGUACAUCUCGCCGGCUGGAGCUCGAGGGUCCAGGGAGAAGAAGACCUCUCCUUUUGUGUCAUUCUGGUUCAUA